AGCGUAUUGGCGCUCCACAGUGGGAGCGCUUGCUGGACUCCGGGGACUGUCCCGGGGUGAAAACUAAACAGAAAAAGGCGGGGAUAGUUUCUUUGUGUAGGCAGCAACGUGAAGAAAACAAACGUACCCGGGAACACGGUGCAGGGCGAGGAGACGGAACGAGGUCGGCACAUGAAGUUAGCAGACAGUUAGCAUGGACUCUACAGGACAAUAUUCCUAACCUGGAGGAAUUCUUUCCAUCUGUGGACACUUCCGGACUAGAGGAAUAUUAAUAAGCCAGGAAAGGACGGGGACUGGAGGUUUAGGACAGACUCCAGAAUCCAGAGUGAGUCCAGCAGCCCCAGUGGAGAUCUGCUGGAUCUCAGGACCAGAGAGGAAUGGAAGAGGACAACCAGAACCAGGAGCAGCGGAGCACCGAGGUCCCCAGAAGACCAGCAGCAGACUGGGACUCUGAUAGCAGCCAUGUUCAGCAGCCCUCAGCAGACGUCAAGCUGGCGACCGUAGCAGGAAAGAAGGGCAAGAAGGAUGAGGAGGAGGAGGAGGAGCAGCCUGCAGCAUCUCCUGAGGAGGAGGAGGAGGAGGAGGAAUGUGUGGUGCAGGAGGUUUUGGACCGCAGAGUGGUGAAGGGAAGAGUAGAGUUUCUGCUGAAAUGGAAGGGGUUCUCAGAUGAGGAUAACACAUGGGAGCCACAAGACAACCUGGACUUCCCCGACCUUAUCGCCGACUACAUGCAGAAACACAAGGAGAAGGAGGAGAAGAAGGAGGGCAAGAGCAAAUAUGUCAGUAAGAGAGGAGAGAGAGACUCAGAGGAGCGAGGGAGCAAGAGGAAGAAGAAGAAGGAGAAACGGAGAGGAGGAGAGGGACCCAAACGUCACCACUGUCAACACUGUGACAAAUCCUUCACAUCAUCUUGGUAUUUAAAGGUUCAUCAGAGAGUUCACAGUGGACAGAAUCUACACAGCUGUGAUCAAUGUGGGGCAGCUUUCACACUACAGAGUACCCUAAAAAGCCAUCAACGCACUCACACUGGAGAGAAGCCGUACAGCUGUGAUCAAUGUGGGGCAGCUUUCACCCAACAGAGUACCCUAAAAAUACAUCAACGCUUUCACACUGGAGAGAAGCCGUACAGCUGUGAUCAAUGUGGGGCAGCUUUCACACGACGGGGUACCCUAAAAAGACAUCAAUGCAUUCACACUGGAGAGAAGCCGUACUGGUGUGAACAAUGUGGGAAAACCUUUAGUCGGAGUGGUAGCCUAGAAAACCACCGACGUGUUCACACUGGAGAGAAGCCGUACUGGUGUGAACAAUGUGGGCAAGGUUUUUCUGAGAGUGGUAGCCUUAAAAAACAUCAACGCAUUCACACUGGACAUAAACCAUACAGCUGUGAUUUAUGUGGUAAAACCUUUUCUCUGAGUAGUAGCCUUAAAAACCACAUACGUGUACACACUGGAGAGAAGCCGUACUGCUGUGAACAAUGUGGAAAAACUUUUUCUCAGAGUACUAACCUUAAAUCUCACAAGCACAUUCACACUGCCUUGUUGUGAACAUGUUUCUGAGCCAAUCUUCUGAACAGCAUGGAUGUUAACCUGGCUAUGACUAUAUAUUCCCUUUUGAAGGGAUUAAAUCCACUCAAAAUUAGCUUUUAUUCCUGUGAUAUAAUAUUCUGAGUUCAGUACAGUACAGUUCAGUACAGUUUAUGUGUUUAAACUGCGUCUGUGCCGCCGCCAUCUUGGGACGAAGAACUGAUCUUAAAGACUCAUAGAGAAAGAUUUUUGUACUGCUUUUGGAUGUUCAUGUAAAAGAAAUGCUAAAUAAAACAGCAUGGAAUAACAUUUCACAGAUGAAAAA